ACCUAACAAUCGCAAUACCUCCAAUUGGUAAGAGACGCAAAUCGUCACCCAGAAAGAGACCUUCCGAUCACGAAAUCCUUAAUAUGCUACGCAAAGAUCUUUACUUGGCUUUUCGGCUAUUUUGUCGACUUUCCACGCUUCCGGAAGGCAAUGAUCAUUUUCCAAACGAAGAAGUCAGCAUUCGAGGUCGAUCACUGGUUUUAGAAUUGAUUCUCUCAAUACUUGACAAUUCCGGACCUGUUUUCCACUCUGAUGAAAUCUAUGUUGAGUUAAUCCGACAAGCUCUUUGCGUGUCAUUAUCAAAAAAUGCUGUCUCAUCUAACGAACAAAUAUUCGAGCUCUCUAUUUCCAACUUUCUCAUGUUAUUGCGUUAUUAUCGCGCUUCAUUAAAAACUGAAUUGGAAAUGUUUAGCGAAAUGUAUUUACGUAUUCUGGACAUGAGCAACGCCACCAGUCAUCAAAAGGACCUGGUAUUGCAAGGACUAAUGAAAAUUUGUCAAAAGCCUCAAAUUUUACUGGACAUCUAUCUGAACUAUGAUUGUGAUAUUUCAAUGGUCAGUGUGUUUGAGCGGAUCGUGACUUCAUUAUCCAAGGUUUCUCAACUGCGCACAAAGACAUCUGGUAAAUCAGGUAGAGCGAGUCUUAUUAUGGGUAACAGCUCCUCUGGACUGGAAACUAUAAUCCUGCAGGAUAAACAGUUAAAAGUGAAAGGUUUGAAAUGCCUUGUGGACAUUGUCAAGUCCCUGAUUGAGUGGUGUAAGGAUUUAGAACGAAAGAAUGGCACCGAUUCUCCGUCGCAACAAUUACCACGAAACCAAACGCCAGAUAUCGUCGAGGAUAAAACGCCAAUAAUUUUCUCAAAAAAUCCUUUACUGAGUGUUAACUUUUCGACGAUUCAUUCUAACUCGAGUGGAAGUAGCAUUGGCACCGUAGAUAAUGAAGAAAAUCCUGCACAAUAUCAUGAAAUAAUGUCACGCAAACAAACCUUACGAGACGGGGUCAAAAUGUUUAAUUCGAAACCACAGAAAGGUUUAAACUUCUUGAUCCAACAUGGUUUCUUGAGAGGAGACACGGACAGCAUAAUAUCAUUUCUUGUAUCAACGUCUGGGUUAAACAAGGCAUCGAUAGGCGAAUAUUUAGGUGAAAGUGACCCUGAAGCUAUCAAAAUCAUGCACGCAUUCGUCGAUCGUAUGGAUUUUACAGGAUUGAAAUUUGUGGAUGCUUUGAGAACCUUUCUUCAGACAUUUCGUCUUCCCGGAGAAUCUCAGAAGAUUGACCGCAUUAUGGAGAAAUUUGCCGACCGUUAUUGUGAGACGAAUCCGGAAGUCUUUGCAAACGCUGAUACUGCCUACAUCCUCGCUUAUUCCAUCAUCAUUUUGAACACAGAUCAACACUCCGCACAGGUCAAAAGACGUAUGGAUAGGUCCGAAUUCAUCAAAAAUAAUCGGGGCAUAAAUAAUAAUAAUGAUCUUUCUGAAGAAUUUUUGGGCGAUAUUUUCGAUGAUAUUGCAAAUAACGAAAUUGUGAUGGAGGAGGAACAAUUCUCGGAAGUGGCAAAAACUGCAAUUAGUCAUGCCAACGAUCGUGAACGACAGGAGUUGUAUGAGCGAGAGAUUUUUCAAAUGCAGAGAAAAAGUCAGGCCCUCUUAAGGAGCAAUCGACAGGGACAAACUCCAGCCAUUUGGCGAAGUGCUUCGCACGCUGACCAUGUGAAACCCAUGUUUGCGGUAGUGUGUUGGCCGCUAAUGGCCACACUUAGUUUGGUAUUUGAGGAAGCAGAUAACCCCAUGUCAAGUAUUAACAACGUUAACAAAAGUGCUGAAUUUGCUCAAGCAGACCAAGAAGCGAUCGAACUUUGUCUUGAAGGAUUUCUCGGCGCCGUUCGCAUAAGCAGCAUUUUUCGAAUGGAUGUUGAACGGGACGCUUUCGUGUCUUCUUUAGCCAAAUUAACAGGAUUAAAUCACGUUGACGAAAUGAGAUCGAAACAUGUUGCCGCCAUAAAGACCUUGUUAUCUGUAGCUAAUUCAUAUGGUGAAGGGUUGCAAUCAUCGUGGCACAUUGUUUUAAAGACAGUGUCAACCAUAGAGAGCUACCAAUUGAUCGAAAGCUCCACAGGAUCGGUAGUCUAUUCUUCCGAAGGCGUCAGCGGACUAGAUUAUUCCUCACAAAAUGGUCACAACAUAACCAACUCUGUUUCCUCACUUCCAAAUUUAUCUGCCAGUCCACCUCGUCAAAUCGCUCGCCGAGGCUCUCUUAGCGGUGUAAUGAAAGAAUUUCAGUCUCAAAGUACAAUAAUAGCCAUUGAUAAGAUUUUUACGAACAGCAUUAAAUUAAGCGGUGAUGCCAUCGUUCAUUUCUUUACGGCUCUUUGCGCUGUCUCUCUUGAAGAAGUCAACUCAUCUAGAUCUUCACCAAGAAUGUAUAGUCUGCAACGAAUAGUUGAAAUAGCGUAUUACAACAUGUCCCGUAUUCGUUUUGAAUGGACGCAGAUAUGGAAAAUCCUUCAGCCUCAUUUUAUAACUGUCGGUUGUCACGCUAAUCAUAUUGUUGCCGCUUUUGCCAUCGACUCACUCCGACAGUUGAGUAUGAAGUUUUUGGAAAGGGACGAAUUGUCACAUUACAGCACCCAGAGUGAAUUCAUGAAGCCCUUUGAACAGAUUAUCAAGAAUAAUCCUUCGGCAAACAUACAUGAUCUCAUAAUACGAGCAUUCAUACAGAUGAUUUCCGCUCGCGCUAGAAAUAUCAAAUCUGGUUGGAAGAGCAUUUUUGUUGUUUUCGGACGCGCCGCGUCUGACGAAAAUGCACAAUUAGUAGAGACCACAUUUGGCGUUGCUAAAUUGGUAUACCAGAAACAUUUGGAUCUUAUUGGACCGGCAUUUGUUGAUUUUAUUAAUUGUUUAGUGGAGUUUGCGUUUAACGGCAAAGACGAGGAAUUAAUUAAUGAAUCAAUCAUGAUGUUACAAGGAUGCGUUAAAGUUUUGGUUAAGGACGCUGAUAACGCCUUGAACAAAGCAGACAAUAAGAAAGAAUCAAUUACCACGGAACAAGCUGCCUUGUCAAAAAGGAAACUGCAACACAUCGAAGAAGAGCAAUUCUUCUUAAAAUGGUUUCCAGUAGUUUCCGGUCUCUCCAGAUUGGUAAUAGAUUCAAAAUCCCAGAAUGUUCGAAAUAAGGCAUUGGAGGCGCUGUUUGACAUUUUGAAAUCCACUGGUCACUUAUUUGAAAUAAAUUAUUGGAACAAGAUAUUUCGAAAUGUCAUCCUUCCUAUAUUUGAGGAUCUCAAGGAACCCACGUCAAAACA